GCCUGGCCAGCGCGCGCAGGGGCAUGCUCUAUCGCAGCGGUUAUCGUUCAUUUCACAACACGCCGGGGAUGGUCCGGGAGCUUCUUUGAAGGGGCACUAAGCAGCCUGGCCUGCUAGAAGAAGGCGCACCCGGGGAAAGGCCGCGUCCUGGCGUGCGAUAUUGGAAGGCAAGACCCAUGGCGAUCUGCGUGACGGGGGCAGACACGGCGGACGUGACGCCAGACAAUUGCAGGGGGUGACAGGCAGGGGGAGCACGGGACACCCGAAGAAGUAGGCAGGCAGCCUUCCCUGCAAGAAAAGCAACCUUCGCUGCCAUCGCUCGUCACGCCGUAUGUCGCGUCUUCCCGUUCGGAUUAUCGUGUCCCUCGGCCCUCAUAUUCGCGUGCCCAUGCCCUCUGUCUCUCGACUACCUCCUCCCUCCUUCUCGCUAGUCCCGCUGCCCAAGGCCGCCCGCCAUGUCUCCCGCCGCAUCCUCGUCGUCGUCGUCGGCGGCGGCGCCCAAGCCCGUCCUCGUGUCCACCCCGCUGGCCCCCGGCGUGCCCGCGCCCCAGCCCGCGCCUGUUCAAUCGCAACCGAAGACCGUAGCGCUCAACUGCAAGGGCCUCCGCUCCCUGCCCUACCGCCUCGCGCACCCGCCCUCCGUGCGCGGCAAGCUGUUCUCGCUCAGCAUCGUGCCGCGCUUCGAGGUGCGCCUGGACGACAUCCUCGACCGCAAACACCUGCCGCCGCUCGGCCUCAAGGACUUUGAGGAAUGGCUGCUCUUCGUCGAGCAGGCUGCCGAGAAUCUGUGCGCCGUGUUCGUUGCGCCGCGUGGGCUCUGGCUGACUUCCCGCAGCUACUUCAUCCUCUGGCUGCGUGACUACACGCAGCGCUACUCGGACUGGGUGCGCUGCACGAAGCUCUCCCGCAACUCAACAUACGGCGCCAACCCGCGCCGCGAGUACCGCACUACGUCCGCGCUCCCUCAGGCGAGCCCCGAGCUGAUGUACUCGUAUAUGCGCGCCAAGCGCACGUUCCUGACGCCCAACGGCCCCUUUGAGCUGGACGUCCCGAGCGAGGUGCUCGCGCCGUUCCACACACCGUCAGGAUCCAAGAGCGCGUGCAGUCUUACGGAAGGCCAGGAUGGCACGGCAAGCGAACACGCGCACACGGCGUGGAGUGGGACGACGUUUGCUUACGGAUCACCAUAUGGCUACGACUUUGCCGGCUUCGAGCGUGAGAUGGCCAACGCGCCCCUUCCGCCAGACCCGGCUGUGUUCGGGGAGCUCGGGGAAAUCGUGCGCGAGAUGCUCCAGCAAAGUCUCGACCGCUUCGUCCUCGCGACGUACAAUAAUGUCGGCACGCCACGCGCGGUCUGCGGCAGUGCCGGCGGCAUGUUUAUUAGCCUCGUCGGAAGUGUCCCGCUCAUUGUCAACUUCGUGACGGGUGGUUCGCGAUGGUGGAGACUGGCCGCACUUCCCGGAGUGUGGCUCGGGCUGACGAUCUUCAUCUCUGCGAUGUAUGGGGUAUGCAUGAUGAUCUACGUGUUUGGCGACUUGCGCCAGCUCCGCUCGUUUGAGCUGGUACGUCCGCCAAUCUCGGCGCCUCAGCCGCACCCGUCGCCGUCGACGUCCGUCGCAUCGCUCUUCCAGCCGAGAUCUGCACCUAUGGCCCCCGGUGCGCCUCCGUUCACCCAGCUCAAUCCCUUCCGCCGCACGCAACGCCGCUCGAUUCCGGAAAUCAGCCCGCCGAUGGCUGUCGCUCGCCCGCAAUCCAUUACCUUCGUCGGUAUCACGGACGUCAGCGAGAGAAUAGAGGCCGGCCCUCCAAAGCUGCACCUUAUCACCCCAUCGCCUAUCUCACGUUGGUCCGAGGAGAGCGGCGUCCGUCCACCUCAACGCGCACUCACGCGCGGACCGCGCCGCCCUCGCUCUGCCGAGCGUGCCGUCUCCCGUGCUUCCACUCUCGCAUCGAUCUCUGAUGCGGAGUAUACCGACGACGAGGACGACGAGUGCGCGCAUGACAGCGGCUAUGAAGAGUCGGACUGUGAGUCGGACGACGCGCCCCAGAUUGAGAUUUCGGACGCGUACUACGACGAGCACCCGUCACCAGAGGGCCCUGCGACUGCGGCUUUCCAGGGCCCACGGGGGUUCGGCGCACCGCUAUGGCCCGACUAUGUUGCUAGUGACGAAGACGAGCUGAACGCGACAGCGGCAUUUAUUCACCCAUUUUCGUACGAAGACAUCGCGCGUGAGAAGGAGGGCGACCUGGAGGCGCAGACGGGCCGGGCAGCGGCAGCACGGCAGCCGGUAGACCCGUUCGAUUUUGAUGCGCUCCCACCGAGAAGACCACGCUUCGCAAACCCAGGACGGCACCGUAGCGUACAGAGCCCGACCUCGACGUGGUCCUCGCAGCACGGCGAGAAAGUCCCAGAAGCCCCGCAUGCGGUAACAUUGUCGCGAAAAGAUCUGAUCAAUCCCCGCAAGAUGCUGAGCGUGUGGCAGAGCAAGUGCAGCCCACAGAACGUCGUGAAAACCCACAUGGAGAAGGAGAAGGAGAAGUGUGAGAAGGAAGGGUGGGGUAUCGGGUGGGGUGUGGCUUCGUCCCCCGCCCCGCGCAGCCCAAUUGCGUCGUCCCCGACCGCGACGCUGGCGGGCUCUCCGGUGAAGGCGGGCUCAUUCACAUUCCCAGCUGUGUCCCCGACAAGCACGCUCGCACCCGGGAGCAUGUCAACGACGACGACGAUGCUCGCGGCGUUGUAUCCGGAGAAGGCAGAGAACGAGAAGAUGGAGACGCCGGGGAAGCAAAUUACCACGAAGGAGGUUGUGGACGAGAAGCCGAGGGAGCUGAAGACGGCGACCGCGCGCAAGAUCUCGUGGCGCCAACGAUUCAAGGCCGUGCAGGCCGUGCCUGCGUUCGCGGUGCCGCUGACGCCGGUGCUGAACCCGGUGGUGACGCGUGCGCAGUGGGAGAUCGUGGUGCGGAGUUCGAUGAUCGCUUUCGUGAUCGCUGCGCUGGUGGUUGGCGGGCUGACGGGCGCGCCGGUGGUCGUGAUUGGUGAUUUCCUGGCGAAGACGUCAAUGCGAUUCGGUAUCAGUGUCGUCGCUCUCUGCCGCUUGUCGCUUAUGGUGAUACACGUGGCGACGCUUCACCCGGCGGCGCCGUCCCAGAUACAGAAUGUCGACAUCUCGGCCACGCACUAUUACAACCCCUUCCCGCACGUCGUCCGUGCCGUCGCAGAGUAG